GAGAAAUGCUAGGUGUACACAAAAUGUGUACACCAUUGGCACACCAUAUAAAAGGCACCCUAUUUUUACCAUCUUUUACUCCAGUCUUCUCUUCCGUUUCUCUUCCAUCUUCCGCUAUCCCCUUCUGCCUCUUUUUUCGUUUCAGCCCCAUUUUUCCUCUCUUCUUCAUUUCAAAAGCUCUAGCUCUCUCCUUUCAUGGAGGUCUAAAUCAUAAUAUAAAAACACCCCAUUUCUUUUACUUCUCACUGGUUCUCGUUUGGGUUGAUUCUUUGUUCUUCCCUCAUCUAACCCCUCAAAGCUCUAAUGCGAUUGAUACACCAUAAUCGGUCCGGUGAAGAUCAAGUGUACAGGGAGUGAAGGUCUGGUGACCGAAUGCCUCGUCCCUCUCUUCUAUCUCUUUCUGGUCUGUACCCGUCCCAUCCAGAGUGUACUCCUUCCGGUAGGAUUAAUCUCUUCUCUAGUAGUGAAGACUGAAACUUUUACAGGUUAUUAAGAUGGACAAUAAAGACCUCAAAUUCACAUGGUCACGAGAUGGAGGAGCCUAUGUGUCACACGUUUGAAGAGCGUCAAAGUGGUGAUCAUGGAAAUGACUUGCUAGUAUACUCGGAUAGUGUUGGGAGAAUGUGGACAAGAUUAACAUGGUCUCAAGAUUCAUGCUCUUUAUUAUAGUUAUGUAACCCC